AAAAAUAUAAUUUUAAAACUGAAAUGUCUUUCAUCUGACACUGACAGGUCACAUUGAAUUAAAGUUCUUAUUAAUAAUAUAGUAAUUAAAGUUUGUGGUUGUUUUCUUGUCACAGAAUCGAAUUAUAUGUUCUUUGCAAUACAUCGGGGCGAGAUUUGACACUGUUUAAAAAUAAACAUGACUUGUCAUCUUGAAGUAAAAUCAAAAUUUGGACAUCAGAAAAAAAUAAGUGAUACAACAGAAUUCAAGGAGUUGACCAAAAAAGAUGCCGAAAUACAGUUGUCUCAUGAACUAGAGAAAUUGCUUUUAACUGCAACAACUGAAAAAGAAAGAUAUGAACAUGAAUUUUCAGGUUACAAAAAGUUGUUUGAGCAAUUUCUUCAAGGAACAGGACCAUCAUUACAAUGGGAUAAGAUUGAACCUUUGCCUGCUGAAGCUAUUAAAAACUAUGCAAGUCUUGCUGAACCUGCUCUUGAUUCAAUAAGAGAUAUGCUUAACAAGCUUGUUGUCAUCAAAUUAAAUGGUGGACUUGGGACAAGUAUGGGUUGUACUGGUCCAAAAUCAAUUAUUCCUGUUAGGAACGAUCUCACAUUUUUGGAUUUGACAGUUCAACAAAUUGAACACUUGAAUAACACAUAUGAUGCUGAUGUACCACUGGUUCUGAUGAAUUCAUUCAAUACUGAUGAAGAUACCCAAAAGGUUUUAAGAAAAUAUAGAGGGUUUCGAAUAAAAAUUCACACUUUUACACAGAGCAAGUAUCCUAGGAUUAAUAAAGAGAGUUUGAUGCCCAUUGCUUAUUCACUUGAUGAUGAAGAUCCUGAAGCAUGGUAUCCACCUGGUCAUGGUGACUUCUAUGGGACAUUCUGUAAAUCAGGACUGUGCGAAAUGUUUCUCAAAGAAGGUCGAGAAUUCUGCUUCAUUUCAAACAUAGAUAAUCUUGGAGCAACUGUAGAUAUUAAUAUCUUAAACUCUUUGAUAAAUCCUGCUAAGAAGCCAUCACCUGAAUUUGUAAUGGAAGUAACAGACAAAACAAAUGCUGACGUGAAGGGUGGAACAUUAAUUCAGUAUGAAGGAAAAUUACGACUACUGGAAAUAGCUCAAGUGCCAAAAGAUCAUGUUGAUGAAUUCAAAAGUGUGAAAAAAUUUAAAAUUUUUAAUACAAAUAAUUUAUGGAUUAAAUUGGAAAGCAUAUCAAGACUUGUGAGCUCAGGGGGACUGGACAUGGAGAUUAUUGUAAAUCCCAAACACCUUGAUAGUGGAAUCAAUGUAAUUCAAUUAGAAACUGCAGCUGGUGCUGCCAUGAAGGCUUUUACUGGGGCUAUUGGUAUAACUGUUCCUCGAAGUCGUUUCCUUCCUGUCAAAAAGACUUCAGAUCUCUUGCUUGUUAAAAGCAAUUUAUAUUCCAUGCAGAAUGGAUACUUAGUAAUGAGCCCUUUGCGCGCAUUUCCUACUGUGCCAUUAGUCAAAUUAGGAGAUAACCAUUUUGCUAAGGUGCAAGAAUUCCUGAGAAGGUUUGCCAGUAUUCCUGAUAUGUUAGAGUUGGACCAUUUGACUGUUUCUGGAGAUGUGACAUUUGGGAAAGGUGUAUCACUGAAGGGAACAGUUAUAAUUAUUGCAAAUCAUGGAGAUCGAAUAGAUAUACCACCAGGAUCCAUACUUGAGAAUAAGAUUGUGUCUGGAAAUCUCAGAAUACUUGAUCAUUAACUGUGUGUGCCAUUGCAUUGUCUGCAUUCAUAUCUUCUGUACUUAGUGCAAUCUGACUGUCAUUGUUAUUUAUUCCCUAACAUCUGAAUGGAAGCCAUAGCACAGUUUUGUUUGUUUUCCUAAGAUAUUUAAACAAGAUAACAAAAAAUAUAUCAGGUUGUUUUGUUUCACUGCCAUUGCAUUUAGUUCUGUAGCUGAAAGAAUUCUCAAUGUUGGGUGACGUUUUUGAGCAAAUUAUAUAUUUUAUAUGAAAAUUAACAGCAAUAUUGUAGUCGUAUUUUGAAUAGAUUAUUCAUUUUUCCUUGAGAAAAAUGUAUUUUUAUGAAAACAAGAUCUGAAAUAAAAGUG